GUGAACGCAUCAGUCACGCGGCGUCGGCAGGGGUUGAUGAGAUGGAGUUGGCGCCGCCCUUGCCGCCGCCUGCGCGGGCACUCCCUUUUUCCUCUUUCGCCGCUCGCUGGCUGGCUGCUGGCGGUGGUGGUGCUGCUGCCUGCAGAUUAUCAAGCAGCGGAGCUCACCGACCGGGAAGACUUUUGAUGGACCAGUUGUCACCGACCACCCUCCUGCUCGAGCAGCACACGCCUCGACUCUUCUGCUGGCGCACAGACAUGGACCAGGCUCACAACCAGGACCACGACACCCUUGAUAACGUAAGCAGUCGUCGGGGCUCACCUGGCGCCGACUCCACCUUCAGUCCGACCGCGUCCCGCUCGCCGUCGCCGCGCAUGGUGUGUCGGUCUCCAGGCAUGCCGUCGUUUCCUCAUCCGUCCAUGUCUCUGGCCUCCGGGCUGGGCAUGGGCCCGUGCCCGCCGUGCGCGCCGCACACCCUGAUCCAGGCCAACCGGUCGCCGCCACCCGGCUUCCUGAUGCACGGCACGCACCCCGGCCCGCCCUCCUCCAGCCCUCUAAGCAACGGGGGCAAAAAGCUCCCGACUGGACUGACGUGCGUCGUUUGCGGCGACACCAGCUCUGGAAAACACUACGGAAUCCUCGCCUGCAACGGCUGCUCCGGAUUCUUCAAGCGCUCCGUCCGUAGGAGGCUCAUUUACAGAUGCCAGGCGGGCACGGGUCGUUGCAUCGUGGACAAGGCGCACAGGAACCAGUGCCAGGCGUGCCGGCUGAAGAAGUGUCUCGAGAUGGGCAUGAACAAGGACGAUGUGCGCGACAGCCAUCACUUGUUCGCCGUUGCCCCCUUUGACCUGCGGAGGAGCUCGCCCCCGCGCUCGUCGAGCCGGCGACGCUUCCGAAAAUUUUCAGCGGUCCAGAACGAAAGACAGCCGAGGAACACAGCGACCAUUCGUCCGGAAGCGCUCAUGGAGAUGGAGCAAGGACGAGCCCUGAGGGAAGCGGCAGUUGCUGUAGGCGUUUUUGGUCUGUGUUGCAGGCCGCCAGUGAACGGGCCUCUCGGCAUGGCUCUCGGUCCUCCACGCUACGCGCCCACGAUGCUCGCACCUGCCCCAGAAAACUCCACGACCUCAUCUAAGCCAGACAACAAUGAUGAUGAAGACAGCAUUGACGUGACGAACGAGGAGUCGACGCCAACGCCCCCGCGUUCGGUGCCGCCGAUGGCGAUCCAGCCGCCGGUAGGUUCGCUGGCCGCCCUGGCCGGAGGUCUGGCGCAGCUGCCGCGGCCAGGCGACGCGGCUCCUCUCUACCCUCCGACCGCCCAGGAAACCGUCUACGAGACGUCGGCCCGCCUGCUCUUCAUGGCCGUCAAGUGGGCCAAGAACCUGCCCAGCUUCGCCAGUCUGCCCUUCAGGGACCAGGUGAUUUUACUGGAAGAGUCGUGGUCGGAGCUGUUCCUGCUGAACGCGAUCCAGUGGUGCCUGCCGCUGGAGCAGUGCGCCCUCUUCUCCGUGGCCGAGCACACGCAGUCGGCGCACAAUGGCAAGGCGGGCCAGAUCGCCUCUGACAUCAGGAUCAUGAACGACUGUCUGCACAGGUACAAGGUGGUCGGCGUCGACCCUGCCGAAUUCGCCUGCAUGAAGGCCAUCGUCCUCUUUAGAGCAGAAACGCGUGGUUUGAAGGACCCUAGUCAGGUGGAAAACCUGCAGGACCAGGCUCAAGUGAUGCUGGGGCAGCACACGCGGGCGCAGCAUCCGACGCAGCCGGCCCGGUUCGGUCGGCUGCUGCUGAUGCUGCCGUUGCUGCGGCACGUGGCCACCAACAGGGUGGAGCACAUCUUCUUCCAGAAGACCAUCGGAAACACGCCGAUGGAGAAGGUGCUCUGCGACAUGUACAAGAACUAACGAACUAAUGUGUGAGAGUGUGCGUGGAAUGGACUACCGGAGCGAAUGGCAAUUAUUAUUGAAACUAGCUCUUGUAACUGUUACACUCACUCUAAUAUGUAUAAUUAUUAAAUUGCAUAUAAACCACCGAUGUAAAACACGUCUUAAUUCAUAUUGGAUAUAUCUAGUCUCUUAGUGCGUCGUCAUUGUAAAUUUGUAACUGUUUCAGAGUAGGGCCUAUUUAGCAGAUGACUUUUUGGAAGAUUUAGUUGGCCUAAUUAUUGCAUUAAUUAUGUAAUUUAUAAUGGUACAUCAUUAAUGUGAAAAAAUAAA